AUUUAGUCAACACGAAGAAGUUUAUUUUAUUGUUUAGAUUACUUGCGCAAAAAAUGGAAAAUGACGUCACCAACUUAAAAUGGCCACCUGAAAGAGGAGGAACUAAAAAUAUUUUUCCUAUUUCUGCGUAAAUAUCGAAUUGGAAUAAAAUAUCUCGGGUUUUUGAUAUCAUAUAAUAAAGCUAUUUUACAGGGCGUUACAUACAUCGUUAAAAUAGUGGAAGUGGAAGUGUACAUGUAGCACUUGAACUGAAGACUGGUCAUUAAAAGUCAUUUCACUUCGUAACACAUAGGCAAGAAUCAGAUUGAACACAAUGGCUACAAGAGGAAGCUUUGGUUCAUAUGAACCUGAUGGACACUCUUCAUAUCAGUCAGGUCCUUCCCGGGAAUCUUCUAAUGACUAUACUAGACUUUCACAGACCAUAGGCAACAAUAUACAGAAAAUAUCGUCAAAUGUUUCACAAUUACAACAGAUGAUCAACAAAAUUGGCACACAACAAGAUUCACAAGAUCUGAGGGAUAAAAGCCACAAUAUGCAACACUAUACAAAUCAAAUAGCUAAGGAAACUACAAAACUUCUAAAAGACCUAGCCCACAUACCCACACCAAUUUCACAGUCUGAAACAAAACAACGAAAGAUGAUGAAGGAGAGGUUGAUGAAUGACUUUACAGCCGCACUGAACAACUUCCAAGCUGCCCAGAGACAGUGUGCAGAAAAGGAGAAGGAAAGUGUAAAGAGAGCGAGAGCGCAUUCGGGCCUGAAUCCAUUCCAAGAAUUAGAAGAGAAGAAAAGUCCGGACCAGCUCAUAUCCCCAGAGAGAGGGUUUAGCCAGACAGCCCAAGUUCUACAGAUGGAGGAAGACAUUGACUUAGACCUUAUUAAAGAGAGAGAGGAAUCUAUUAAAAAACUUGAGGGUGACAUUAUGGAUGUGAAUACAAUAUUUAAAGACUUAGGCCAACUGGUCUAUGAACAAGGAGAAACCAUUGACAGCAUAGAGUCUAAUGUUGAAAGUGCUGCCAUACAUGUAGAGGAAGGGAACUCACAGUUGUCCCAGGCAAAGACCUAUCAGUCAAAGGCCAGACGGAAAAAGUGUAUCUGCAUUAUCGUGGUAUUUGUAAUCUUGGCCAUACUUGGCCUGAUCAUCGGAUUAUCAGUAGGGACAAAAAAAUAAAUAGUUAAACUUAAUGCCCAGAGAAAGCUAUUUUUGAUGAUGAGAUCUACAAUAUCAUUCAUAAUAAUAUUGAAUUAAUGCCAAUGAGGCCAGAAUACGGAACUCUCAACAAUGUGAUUUACGUAUACCAAGAUGUAACCAUAAAUGAAUGAAAUUCUAGAAGAAACUGAGAGUAUUCAUAUUCACGUGUUUAAUCUAGAUCAUGAAUCGUAGGAACUGAACAAUACGUUGACCAAUAUGAAGGAUUAUUGGUUCCUGUGUGUGUAGGGAUUGAAACAUUGGAAUACAAUUAGAGGACAUGUUCCAGUAAAGAACUGUAGAGAAGUAGCUCUAAAGAGAGCCAUAUAAGGAGAGUUGUAUAGGAAGAAGUGUUUAAGGAGAAAUGUAUAAGGAGAGAGGUAGAGAAAUGAUGGAAAGGUGCAAUGUGUGGACCAACCUUCUGAACCACCAUAACAUCUGAAGUACAUUGUAUGAAUGUAUGUUUCUACCUUCCAAAACUUGAGAGAGCUUGUAUCAUUGCAUAUUUUUAUUGCAAGAUUCACUUUGUGACAUUGCAAAUGUAUAACAGUCUAUGCGUUGUGUCUACUGUUAUAAUGGAAUUUAUUUGCAAUCUCACUUAACCUAAGCAGUCAUAUGUGUUAAGCUUUGAAAAGUUCACUAGUAGCCAUACUGCAUAUGCAGAGGCAUCCCCAGGAUUUUCCAAGAGGGCUGUGUCCACUUAAAAAGCAGUCUCUAUCACUUGAAGCCUAGCUUCUCCACUUCAUUUCCAGAUUGCGUAGUUCUUCUUUCCUCCGAGUCUCCUAGUUAGCUCCAUGAACGAAAUCCCUUGGGAUUGGCCCAAAAAGGGGUUUGGGAAAAUUUGCCUUCAAGC